AUGAUAGUAAAAGGAAUGCGGGUUUGUCAACGGCUCAGGUCUCUUGUACACGAAAUUGCCAAUUCAGUACCUUAUCUCGUGGGAUCUCCAGUGCAAGGAAUUGAAGCGGGAACUCAAUUCAGUAAAGGAGUUUUUCAGAUGCUUGCCGAAAUAACGCAAUAUUCUGACAUACAUCAGAGACGCGACCAGGAUUAUGGUUCUGUACAGAAAUUGUUGAGAGCAUUUUUUAGUUCACUUGCCGAUGGAAAUAGCAUUAUGCCUCCGCCUAGUCUACAGCCAAUGUACGAUGGUACAGAAAUAGGUAGAAAUCGCCCAAUGGUUAAUGAUUUAUUCGAAAGUGAUAUUGUGCUGACCGUUGAUCAACUGAAAGGAAUUGUGUUAGCUGAGAAAGAGCGCCGAAGAGACCACUUAUAUAAUCGGCAUAAACGAAAAGUGAUCACAGGUUCUGUUUAUCGCUGGAGUUCGACCGAACCAAUUUCGUAUGAAUUGAAGUCCGAAGAUGGUAUGACUAAGAUAACAAUCAUCGUGAUCAGUAUUUGUCACAGUCAUAUUUUAUUGCCAAUACUGUUCAACUUAGAUCAAUUAAAAGUAAACCUCUUCGGUCAGCAAACUUAUGUUGAAUUGAUUUUCCAUCCAUAUUUUAUUAAGACAACUGGAAGAACAUCAUCAGAUCAGCUAUCGAUUAUUGGCAAUCAGAAACAUGCGUUAGAUGGAGCGAGAAUGGAAAUAAUGUUGACAGAAUUAUAUUCUUCAAGGGAAGCGGGUAAUGUUUCUCACACUCUUAUCAACAUGUGCUAUUCGAGUGUUGGUCGUACUGGUGGACGACAAGAAAUAUCAAUUGGAUAUGGCUGUGAAGAUAAAGGCAUAGUUUCUCAUGAAAUCGGACACUCUCUGGGUUUUUGGCACGAGCAAUCACGACCCGAUCGCGAUAAUUACAUAAAACUCAAGCGAGCGUACAUCGCGAAGGGGACUGAAGGAAAUUUUGUAAAGCGUUCAACACAGGAAAGUGAUGAUAUGGGUCUCCCAUAUGAUCUCGGUUCAGUAAUGCAUUAUGGGCCGAAUGCAUUCACAAUUGACUGGGAUCAUACAACAAUUGAAACAAUUGACCCCAAAUACAAACGCACGAUUGGGCAACGGAAUGGACCUUCAUUCAUUGAUGUGAAACAAGUGAAUCGGUUGUAUUGCAAUGAUCGUUGUGCUGGCUCAACGUUAUCUUGUGAAAAUGGCGGCUAUGCGGAUCCCAACAAUUGCUUCUUAUGCAAGUGUCCACCAGGUCUUGGCGGAGUCACCUGCAAUCAAGUACAGCCGAGUGAGUGUGGAAGUGAGCUUCUAGCUGGUCCACUCUGGCAGCAUUUGAUUUACAAAGGAUCACAGCGAUGCUAUUGGAGAAUUAAGGCUAAUGAUGCCAGAAUUCGAAUAAUAUUAGAUUCGGCUUCAUUCAAAUGUGAUACUACAUGUCGGUCAUAUGUAGAAUUGAAGUACAACUCAGACUUUCAACAAACUGGUUUUCGUUGUUGCUGCGAUGAGAGGCAACUAGAAAUUGUUUCUGAACAAAACGAGGUAUUGGUGAUUGUUGAUGCAACACAGUUGAAUCGAGAUGGAUCAUUCAGUUUAAGAUAUAUACAAGAUAACGGAAAACCGCUGCCGAAGAAACCACCACCAUUCUGGGUACCGGGCACCGAAAAUCGGUCAUUUCGAGGACUGGGUAAUAAUAGAGGUACAGGUGGACCCAUCGAAAAGUUUAUUCUUAAUGCAAUCCCUCAGAUUCGUGAUGCGAAUCAUCCGGUCGAAUNCACUCAGCCAAUUUCUUGGUGCAACCCGAGAUCGUUAAUUUGCAUUUACUAA